GCCUAAACCAAAACAGCACAAGUCCCCCAUAGUUCUGCGAGUCUACCCUAAUUAACUUACGAUCGUCUGUUAUUACUCGCUCAGUGAAUGCGAUUUCUCGGGGUUAAGAAGUCAUACAACAAAGGGUUGACGUAACCGAAACACAUCCCCGAUGUUAAGAUAUAUAAUUAACCGACAAUAUGAUCCAGUUAACAACAAUCUUUGCUUUCCACUGGCUAAAGGCAGUGAAUGGCUUCUACAGAGGAUGUCACUUAUGCAGAUGAUGGAAGUCCACCGUGGGUGCGUCAACACUGUGGUAUGGGACAUAUAGAAAAGCAAGAGGAGACCCAUGACUGCAAAUUCACCUGCCAUGUGAGCACCUGCUAUGACAUUGUAACUCUUCCUGAUGAUCCUCACACAUUUCUCACCUGUGGAGAAGAUGGAACUGUGCGAUGGUUUGACUUGCGGGCAAAGGUGCAGUGCACAACAAGAAAUUGUCAGGAGGACAUUCUUCUAAACAUGGGACGUGCAGUAACUGCAGUAGCGGUAAACCCUAUUACACCAUAUCAUUUGGCUGUGGCUACUCAGGAUUCAACCAUCAGAAUUUAUGAUAGACGUGUCCUGGGGACUAGAGCCACAGAUUCCUUUGUGGAGCAGACAGACAGAGCUCUUCUUAUGAGGCUGAAACCAGACAACAUGGAAGGCAAGAACCAUAGAGUUACAUCUUUACGUUAUAGUCAGGAUGGGAGAGAGGUGCUUGCAAGUUACUCCUCAGAUUAUUUAUACCUUUUUGAUACAGAGAACUUUAAAGAGAUUACACUUGAAGGUGCUAAUGAUGUCGAUAUGGAAGCCAAUUCUGGACCCACUUUGAAACGUCUGCGUCUCAGGGGUGAUUGGUCAGACACUGGUCCCCAGGCAUUACCAGAAUGUGAGAUGCGCAACCAAGCUGGAGAUGUUGGCCAAGCAAGACCAACAUUGCAUGCAACGCUUAUGCAGAGGAUGACAGACGUUUUGUCUAGAAUGCUAAAUGAUCCGGGCACUAGAGCCACAGUUCAAAGAACAACUUCAGAGUCUGAGGCACAGAACCCUUCAGAAUCUCCCUCAGAAAAUGUAAGAGAUGGAGAGGAAACUGCAGACGCAGUACAGCAUUCAGUAAGUAACGUGACUGAGCCAUCACCUUUAUCUUCUUUGGAAGUCCCAAGUUCAAGUAUUCAGCCAACCAUGACACAAUCUCCAGGAACGUCAGAGGAUAAUGCUGCUCCAGAGAGUAUGAACAAUCAGUGUAGUGAAAAUGAAGAAGCAGGAGAAAGACUAGAACAAAGUGCCACACAUAGUUUGCCAGAGCCACAGCAAGACCCUCAAGAAGCAGAACAAGCAAGAACCACCCAAGAGACAGAUGAAACACCACUUGAAGAGGAGGAGGAGGAGGAGGAUGCACACAUGAAAGACUCUCAGAGAGCUACGUUAUCAGGUCUCCGACACAGGCUAUCAUCACUGAGACAAGGGUUUGUAGAAAAACAUCAGGUAGAACCAUCAAUCAGCCUCUCAUAUUCUGGCCAAGGAGUCAGCAGUGGUAUGAUUAGCUUUGGUGUUGGAGAUGAAGUCACUCGUAGCAGCACACCCAAUCAGUCAGAACAGGACGUUGGUCCAAGUUUGACAGUACCAAGUACAAGUGGAACCACUUGCUCAGAGGCUCCAAACUCUGAGGAAACCUCUCAGUCCCAGGAAGCAUCAAAACACAAACCUGAAAGAGGUGAACAGCCCUGCUGCUCAUCAACUUCAUCCUCCUUAGCAUCAUCAUCAUCCUCAUUGUAUCAGCCCCAGCAAGUUAGAGCUCAUACAUUAACAACUUCGAGUUCUAGUCCUGCCAUCUGUGAUAUGGAAGUGGGAGCCUCAUCUAGUCAAGAAGGGAGAGAUACUUUGGGUCCUGAGGUUGUGACAGCAGGAUCAUCAAACCGGGGGGCAGUUGCAAGUGAGAUAAACCUGGGACACACUGUAGAUUUUGGAGAAGAUGACAGCGAUGACGAGUCAGCAACUGCCAGAAGCACGAGUGCACGUAUGGCUAGUGCAAUUGAGCGUGCUGUACAACGUGUGAAAGGAGAACGUGCUGCAGGUGUUGUAGGAGAUAGAGAAGUAUUGGUUCCUCAGGCUUCUGUCAAGCAGUGUUAUAAAGGCCAUCGUAAUGCAAGAACUAUGAUUAAAGAAGCUUGUUUUUGGGGAGACUCUCACGUCAUGUCAGGAUCUGACUGCGGGCGUGUUUUUGUGUGGGAGCGAAAGACUGGGAGACUAGUAAUGCUUUGGGAAGCAGACCGACAUGUAGUAAAUUGCCUGCAACCUCAUCCAACUCUACCAGUGCUUGCCACAUCAGGCAUAGAUUAUGAUGUGAAACUCUGGGCUCCAGUUUGUGAAGAAUCUCGCUUUGAUGAAGCAAAGGCUCUAGAGAUAACAAGGCGAAAUGAAGCUUUGUUAGAGGAGACGAGAGACACCAUCACUGUACCUGCAACUUUCAUGAUAAGAAUGCUAGCUUCUCUCAACCAAAUUAGACGUGGCACUUCCUUUGCUGAACGAUGGAGGAACCGACAUCAGAACCGAAGACAAGAAGAAGAAGAUCAGGGAGGCAGUGCUGAAUAAAAAAAAAUUCUCUCUCUAUAUAAUUUCUGCCUUUGUUAUGUGGAUAUGUGAUAUCUUAUGUUUGUCAUCCAAUGACACCUUUAUUAUAUAUAUUUAAUGAAAGAAGUAAGUGAUAUGAGAAUAGAUAGGGCAGAUGAUAUAGUCAAGUUAGAAGUAAGAAUGGAUACUCAGAGUAUGUUCUAAAUGAAUUCUCAGUAGAUAUACAGACUGCAUAAUAUUUAUUAGUAUAAUUGAUAUAUGAGUAAUAUUUCUCUUUUAGCUAUUAUUUAAAAUGAAUAUUUGCAAAAUUUAUAAAGGAAAUGUAUUGAAAAAGAGUACAGGUAAAUGUGUUCAUGUGUUUUUGUGUCUAUGUAAUUUUGUGUGUGUGUGUGUGUGCGCGUGUGUGUGUGUGUGUGUGUGUGUGCAUGUGUGUAUUUGCUUGUUUUUUUGUUUUUUUUUUGUCUUCUAUUACUUUGUUGAGCCGAGCACCUCUUAUGUAUGGAUAUAGUCUUUUGGAGUGAUCAGUGAAGUAUUUGAUAAAAUUAAUCUAAUUAAAACAGAAAGAUUGUUUGUUACAGUAUUUUCAGUCUGUACAUUUAGUUAAUAUAUUUUUGAAUAGUGACAUUUGUAGUAAAUCAUGCAAAGAUAUUUCAUCUCAUUUCCUAGUUAUUGAUUAUCCUAUGGUUUGGAUGCAGUACAUAGCAUGUAACCUUACAUUUUUAUAUUGAAAAUAGAGUUGCACUUAUGUGGUGCAUUCAGAAGGCAAUUGAUACAGUAAGGAUUAGGCAUGUAGGUCUGUAUGUUGCUCAUAUUUGAUACUUAUCCAAUCCAUGUCUAGACGAGAUUAUUUUAACAGCAGUGAAAUAUGAUGUAUUAGGAGAAUAUCCCUUCAGUCUGUUAUUCUUUAACUGAGAAAAUCUCUGCAACAUAGCUACUUCUUAAUAUGCAUAGGGUUUUUCAUAACCACACUUAUUGAUGUUCUAAUAGUGUUAAUUAUAUUUGUACAUGGUUUAGAAUUUUGAAUGUUUCUAUUAGGUUUCCCAUACUGUAUUUUCGCCUAGCUUUUUCAUUUAUCAUUCUUGUUGCUCCGUGAUAGAUUGUUUGUUUAUCUUGAAAGGGAUAUGAACAUACUGUGAUGAUUUUUCUAACUGUGGAAGCUUUUUGGUUUUCCUUCAUUUUGUACCCAUAUCUUUGAUUUCUAAUUGGUUAUCAACCCCAAAUGACUUUUUACAGUUCUCAGUUUUUUGGUGCUUUAUUUGAAAUAGUCCUAAUAUUCCACUCUUGUUUGUCAUUUCUUAGUUGUGUGAGCAAAUGGAGCCUAAUGAGGAUUGUUGUAUGCAUUUUUAACUUUGUAAUGCAAAUAUUUAAGUGAUUUUUUUGGACUGUAGAAGAGAAGACAUCAUCUGUCUCUGCCAAUUCAUAUAUUCGUAAGUAUUUACUUAUUGUCUCGGCCCGACUAUCAUUGGUGCCUUUCUUGCAGCAUAUUUCAGUAAAUCAAGGAAUUUUG